UAAUCGACGACAGCUUCAGCUCGCUCAGAAAGGAUCGAGGAGCGAAGGGUGAUGUCUGCGACUCUGUGGAUUGUCCAAUUUUCAACCAACUAAAUGAGGUGAAAAAAUUCUUACUAAGCAGUAAAAUCUAGAAAGAGUGAAAGAUGGCAGAAGGGGGAUAUGACCCUUGUGAGUGUGUUUGGUCACAUGAAGGUGCAAUGAGGAGAUUAAUAAACAUGCUGAGGGAGCAAAAUACCUGCAGUGACUCACAGUGUGACUUAGACUUUCCUGGUCCUCAACCUAACUCCGAUGGGGACUAUACCAUGUUCCUCUUCAUGAUUGGUUGGCUAGUUCUUGCCUUAGCUCUCUUUCUCAUGAGACCUGGACGAAACAGGACAGAAGGAGACCAGAAACCAAGACCACUCAACCAAGAUCCUGGGCCCACACCUCCAGCUCCACCUCUGGACUAGGACUUAUUAACACUGAUCAACAUGAACAAAGCGGGCACCAACCAACCACACUGGUUUAUUUCCAAUUAUUUUGUCUAAUGCAAUUCUUCCAAUUGGCAUCUCGUCUAUUAUCAUUUGGUCUAUCAUCAGUUCAUCCACUCACCACAUGGUCUAGUUUCACUUAGUCUAGUGCCAUUCUGUCUAAUAACCAGUUGGUUCAUUAGCCAUUUACUCCAUAUGCCAUAUGGUCUAAUUGGGCUAAGUGUCAAAGUCUGCAAAAAGAAUGAAAAGGAAAUGACCAACUGGUUAUGAGAUGAAAUGGUGAUUAGACAAAGUGAUGAUUGUACCAAAUGGUUGUUAGACGAAAUGUUGAUGGACAGAAUUGCAUUAGAUUAAAUGAAAGUAAACCAUGUGGUGAGUGGACGAGUUGGCAGUAGACGAAUUGGCAAUUUACCACCACACUGACUACUCUUCUGUCUUCAUUACCUUGCAAUAGUGUGAUUAUCGCUUGCUGAAUUUCACCAAACUUGUAGAAAGCUACUCAAUCCUAUUUCCAGCUUCAUUCAAAUCUCGUAGAGUGUCUUUGAGGAUUUGGGAUUGUAAACUACAUUGAGUACUCCAUUUCUUCAUAAGCCUUUGACAGCCUGGCUAUCACUUGUAGAAUGUCAUGAGUAACAUGAAGUUCUUGGGUUAUGCAGAUUUUGCAAGUUACGUGUACUUUAUUGUGUGCAUACAGCUGUACACUAUUGCACAUUUUGGAUAAAGUGUGCUUGAAUUUGCACUUCUUAUUAUGGUUGAAUCCUACGUUUUUAAAAAUAAGUUGAAGAAAUAAACUUCAGGCUUAUUUACAAGGACAACCAUACCAACAGGUGUAAAGCAAAUGGCCUUUUGCAAAAUUGCCAACUAGUUUAUGGACUUUACUGGUUGUAGUGCCAAAAGUCAAACAUAUUUUUAAAAUCAGAUCUGCAAUUCCAAAUUCUUGAAAUUAAUCCCCAUUUGUGAAUUCUGGACCUUUUGAAUUGUUAAUUUCGGCGAAAAUAUUUCCAUAUUUCCAUUUGCAAGGGAAGAGAUCUUCUUUCUGGUAUGCUUUAUUAGAUUAAUGUUUCCAACUUAGUUACUAUAGCCUAUUUAGUUUGCUUUUUGGAACUUAAUGUUUAAAAGACUGUAGAAUCUGUCAAAUGUUUUAAAAUGAAACCGAAGUUUAAUAAAGUUGGGUGUCACUUAUCUUUCCUCGAAUAGGCCAACAUAUCCUGGAACUAUCGUACAUGUACUUUGGAUAAUUUAAGCCUCGUUUUUAAAUUUUUCUUCCAAUCUGAUGCUGUAAAGUGCACUUGGUGUUUUACCCCUGUGCCAAUGUCUGUCUAUCUGCAAUGACUGAACGCAUGAAUAAAUAUAUGAUUAUCAUUUGACCAAGUCAUGUGUCAAUAAAGAGUGACUCUCAGUCUAAUACAGUCUCUUGCAGAUUUCCUGUUAGAUUUUGAUCUUUGGGUGUAGGCAUUGAACAGACUUCUACAUCAGCACAGCACCAAAAUAGAU